GCCUGAGGUGUUGUGAGGGCUCCUCGGCUGUCCGCACCUACCGCCUCAGGGCGGUCUGAGGUGCUGCGAGGGUUCCUCGGUUGUCUGAACCCACCGCCUCGGGGCGGCAGGGACCUCCCUCCCCCGCGCCUCGACCCUCGUUUCCCCUCAGGCGCGCUCCGCCUGCCCGCCGGGUGCGGGCCCCAAGGAACCAUCCCCAGCGGGACGAACCCAGGAGGUGAAGGUGUUCUCCGAGUUAAAAGGAGGAGUGCAGUUCCUUAGGUUGGUAGAAAAUGGCGAGCAGCAAUGGCUGUUUUCAGGGCGCUGGGAUGCCUGCCUUUGACCCCACACCAAAGAGGGUUUUGCCACCUGAGGCUUUCAGGCGGCCACUUAGGAAGAAGCUCCAGGAGCCCGUGGCUGCGGGGCUGAAUCCUCCACCUUCUGAGUGGCGCAGUCAACCAGAGGUGAUGCAAAAUCCAGGGGUACACACACCCCGGUUGUCAGCGCUUCCUUCACAGAAACAGCUAAAGGAGUUGACUGCAAAAUAUAAAGAGGGAGCAAUAAACUCAGUAUCGGCCUUGCAUCUGUUUGCCCAAAUGCAUAACGUGCAACUUCAGUUGAAAGAAACUAGUGUGGCAGGUGAUAUCAUAAGGCCUUAUUUUGCUUUUUGUGCUGUGGUAAAUGGUGUUUGCUACAAGACUGGGUUGGGAAAAAACAAGAAGGAAGCUAAAUUAAAUGCAGCUAAACUGGCUCUUGUUGAGCUAUUUAGCUUGGAGAAUACAGAGGAAAACUCGUCUAAAGAUUCAGAUUUUCCCGGUGUUCCUGCCGAGCUUCAAACUCCAGCAAACUCUGCUUGUCUUUCAAGGACCUGUUUGGGAGGACGGUCUAUAUAUCUAAAACUUUCACAAACACUGGAAGAAGUAUUUACCAACCUGACUGCCCAGCACCCCGAGUACCGAAGCUGUGGGAGUUCACUGGCUGCCUUCAUCAUCGAAAAAGGUGGACAGCACGAAGUUGUGGCUCUGGGAACAGGGGAGUGUAACUACAGCCGGCGCCUGGAGUCCUGUGGCAGAGUGUUGCACGACAGCCACGCCAUCGUCACGGCCAGGCGUUCCCUGCUUAGGUAUUUGUACAGACAUCUCUUGCUGUUCUAUAAUAAAAACCCGGCAAAGGUGGAGAGAUCCAUAUUUUGUACAGCACCAGGCUCCAAACUGCUCACCCUAAAGCAAAAUACAACUCUCUCUCUCUACAUGAACCAGCUUCCAAAAGGAACUGCUCAGUUCAAGUCAGAUUUACAUCUCUCUCCACAAUCUAUAUCUGCUUACGAAGCCAGUGAACAAGUGAGUCUCCAUGUUGCUCUGGAAGGCAGGAUUUACCUGGCUGUUUGUUGUCCCCCUAAAACUGUCCGAGUGAGCAGCAUGUCAGGCAGUGACAAGCUGACAAAGUGGGAGGUGGUUGGUCUUCAGGGAGCCUUGCUGAGUCACUUCAUUGAACCGGUGUAUAUCAGCAAUAUUCUUGUGGGAAAUGGAAAUUGUAAGGAUACAAAAGGACUAGAAAUAUCUAUAAAGAAGCGCCUUGAUGAUGAGCUUGUCUCAAAGCUUCCCAUGCCUUACCUGGUCAACAGAUCUCAUAUUUACUUGGUGAAAGCUGCACAACCUGUUCAAACAGAUCUAAACCAGCGGUCUCUUAGUCUGAAUUGGACCUUGACAGAUGCAUCCGUGGAGGUUGUGGAUGGGAUAAGUGGAAAAACCACUGAAAGCUCCCCGUUCCAGAGCGGUACCUGCAUGGCCAGCCGCCUCUGCAAGGCCGCCAUGUUCAGUCGCUUCAGGCUGCUCUCCAAGGAAGCGGGACGGAGUGAUUUGCUUCGGUUUGCGACCUACCACGAAGCCAAGGCUGAAUCUCAACUGUACCAAGAAGCUAAAAGCUUGCUGCAGACCUACUUAGAGCAGCACAGCUACGGAUCCUGGAUCGUGAAGUCUCCACAUAUUGAACAGUUCAGUAACUGACUGGGAGGUGGAUUUUGUGUGAAGUCAGUUUGGAUCAUCUAUUUCAGUAGACUAAUAGUUCUGAUUAGUAAAAUGUUUAAUUGUAAGUUUGCAUUCAGAGGAAGAAAAUCAUUCCAGAACUGUUUCUUUUCAGUUUAAAUGCAGUUGUUAAAUCAUCUGUAACAGUUCAGUCUGUUCCUAAAAUUGAUGUUUUUUUCAGAGGUAGGAGUAUCCAACAGCU